UAUACUACGGGAACAUGCAGCUCUCUUGCUACUUGCUGUCAGCUUCUCGACGAUCCCCGUUCUUAACAGACAACAUUUUUCGACACGUAGCUUCGAGAAGGGCAAUUGUGGCGUUGAUACGAUAAAGAUGAGGAUCCUGAUCGUAUCGCUAUUGAUAUGCAUCGUGGCAUCAGAACCAGGUUUAUUGAGGGUGCCAAAAGUAUACAACGCCGUUAUCACAAGUAAUCAAAAUCUUUCACCGUCGAGAGCUUAUCCAGUGAUACAACCAGUGAUUCAUCGAACUGCGAUUGGUUACGUGCCACCAUUUUAUUAUACUCACGUAGCACCUCAUCUUGCUGGACCAGAAGUGGUACAUCUACCGCGUACAGAAUCACCGAAUAUUGAAAAUAUUGAUAAAUCGGAAGACGAUGAUGCUUCUAAGGAAUCAAUUACGAAAAAGGAGGAUGGUUUGGAUGGUUCUAAUGUGAAGAAAAUUUUUGAAGACUCGUCGAAGAAAAAUGAGAAUGGAAAAAACGGAGAGGACGACGUGCCACUUAGCUUUUAUCCAAAUUAUCAAUCCCUCUAUUACGAUCCUUAUUUUUAUACUUAUAAUACGUUUAAUCCUCAUCUGAUACCUGGAACAUAUUAUGUCGAUUAUCAACCAUUCGCACCAAUUCCACCUGUUAUUCCAAAACCAUCAUCGACUGGACGUCUUCAAUCGAGUCAUAGUCGUGAUGAAAAUAACGAUGGUAUUAGAAGGAAGGAAGAGGGAAAUAAGAGAGAGAAGAUACCAGAUGUACCACCACCGCCAGUGCCAACGUCAUCUCCGAAUAACUCGCGUUGAGUUAUUUUAAUCGAUGGAUGAAUGUGUUCUCAAAAUCUCAGUUUAUUGAUUUGUAAAAUGAAAGAAAAAGAAAAAAAAGAAAAUGAAAAAGAUAGUAAAAAAAAAGGAAAAAAACUUAAGACAAUUUUGAGAACCACCGCGUGAUUUGAGGAUACAACAUUCUCGAGGAUCCUUCUUGAGAAACUUUCGAGGCUGAUAGAGACUGCACAAAAUACACAUUGUUCGUAGUUGAAA